UGUCUCCUCUGCGCCGCCGUCGCGCUGCUUCUCCUCCCGGGCGGGGCAGCCGAGGAGGGUCUUCGCGCGGCGGCCGCGGCCGGGAAGCAGCCGGAGGGAGGAGGAAGAGGAAGAUGCUGCAGCCCCGGCGCUGAGCCUGCCGGCGGUAGGCCUGACCAGAAUAAUGUUCAACAUAAACCCUCUGGAGAACCUCAAGGUCUACAUCAGCAGCCGCCCGCCCCUGGUGGUGUUCAUGAUCAGUGUCAGUGCCAUGGCCAUCGCCUUCCUGACUCUGGGCUAUUUCUUCAAAAUCAAGGAGAUCAAGUCGCCUGAAAUGACAGAGGACUGGAAUACUUUCCUUCUGCGUUUCAACGAUCUUGACUUCUGCAUUUCGGAGAACGAAACGCUAAAGCACCUCAUAAAUGACACCAUGACACCGGAAAGUGCCAUGACCAGCAGUCAGGCCCGUCCUUCCACGCCGUCGCCACAGACGCUCGAGGAUUCUGGUCCAAUCAACACCUCGGUUGCCAUCACCCUGACACUGGACCCCCUCAAGCCCUUUGGGGGCUUCUCGCGGAAUGUCACGCACUUGAGCUCCACCAUUUUCGGACACCAAAUUGGGCUCUCAGGCAGAGAAGCACAUGAGGAGAUCAACAUCACCUUCACGCUGCCAGCUGCCUGGAAUUCGGAUGACUGCGUCUUGCACGGCCAUUGUGACCAGGCUGUCUUCACAACCUGCAUGACCGUCACGGCUGCCGCUGGGGUCUUCCCUGUCACAGUCCAGCCACCGCACUGUGUGCCAGAGACAUACAUCAACGCGACCUUCUGGUACAAGAUCUUCACCACUGCGAGGGAUUCAAACACCAAAUAUGCCCAAGAUUACAACCCUUUCUGGUGUUACAAAGGAGCUGUUGGCAAAGUCUACCACGCGUUGAAUCCCAAAUUGACAGUUAUCGUCCCGGAUGAUGACCGCUCCCUCAUCAACCUGCAUUUAAUGCACACUAGUUACUUCCUUUUCGUGAUGGUCAUCACUAUGUUCUGCUAUGCAGUCAUCAAAGGCAGGCCCAGCAAACUGCGGCAAAGCAACUCAGAGUUCUGUCCUGAAAAGGUUGCUUUCUCAGAAGCGUGACCCCCUGCCUCCUUUCUCCAAAAGUGACAGUGUCUGCUGCAACCAUCGCCUGCCGAACCCAGAACUAGACCCGGGUUCGUUAUGAAUUAUCUUGUGACGUUGGGUUAUUCCAACCAAAGACGUUUUAAGUGCCUGUAACGGUUAUUUAUAGGAGGCGGAGUCUACUUGGAAUAAGUUAAGCCGAUACAGCCCUGGGCUGUGGGAACCUCUUUGCCUGUUCGUGGCAGGCUGUUUUGUGAAGGAGCCAGAGACAUUUCUGUGUGUGUCUGUCUUGCUGCAGUGGGACAGUCCGGAUGCCUUUUGCAAGUGUCUCAGAAAAAGCACCUUAUUUUCCCCCAUGGUCUGUCCAGUGUGUUUGAGGCAGGGCACACCUCUCUGCUACUGUACUGCAGCUCUAAAGCCACUGAGUCAAUGUGUUUGUUCCUCUUUCUUCCCAAUUCCUCCCUGCUUGCAGAAAGAUACCAACAUUUCUAGAUUUAUUUAAAAACAAGACAAAAAACCCCACCUGGCAUAUUCAUAUUUUAAUACUGGCUGUAGUUAGGAAAGAUGGCGUACUUGUAAUUUUAGUUUAAGGAAAGCAAGAGAAGCAUCUUCCACUUUGCACUCUGGGUUUGUUUGUUUGUUUGUUUAAGUGUUGCUAAUUUUUUAAAGCCAACACAGGCAGAAUCUCCCAUUGGUGCAAUCCUGGACCUCAAAUCGGGCUGCUGCAGUGCACCCCCUUUAAUGCAGAUAAGUGACAUGCUUCAGAAUUCCUGGGAUUGCGCCAUUCCAGACAGUAUGGUCAGGGUGUAUGAGUGUGUGUGAGAGAAAGAUUAGUUUGCUGCACCUGCGUCACAACCUUCUAGUCUGUAGAAAACUAGCAUUUUGAGGACAAGAUUCAAGGCUGGCUGCCUCUCUGACAUGCUUGCUUUUUUAGGUGCAGGUAUUUUUUAUCUUCUUAAUGUGGGAAGGUAUUUGAGCACCUUGUCUGGAAUGAUGCAAUUUUAUUAUUUUCAUGUGUAGGUCAGCACCUGCUCUUCAGACUGGGAACUUCUGCUGGGCUUUGGAGGGGGGGGUCCCUGAUGGUGAAAGGAAGUGGCAGCCAGCAUUGGGGCAAGCUGCCCCCUGGGACCAGGCCUGGUGUUUGUUGUGCCUUUUGCCUGCGGAGAGAGAUGCUGAGGGCCAGUUUGUGCUGCAAAGGGAUGCUGUCCAGGCGGGUACAACUCCGGACUCGCUCAUUGGAUUGGCUUCCUAGUUUGCACUUCCAGUUUCACUCUUUAAGAAUGUAGAGAGUUCUAGGAAUGGCUUUUUAGCGUUUGCACAGAAGGACAUGAUGUGUGGCUUUGCUUUCGUUGGGAAGAGUUCAUUCGUCUGUUCAUUUGCUUGCUUGGUGUCUUGUCACAUCUCCAAGAUACGGGGAUGAUCUCCAGAGACCUUUGGGGUCUAGGAUUGGGCAAGGAGUCUGGUAGUGGAUUUAAAAAUAAAAAAUAAAAAUGCAUCCUCUUCAAAUUAAAAUCCCAACCAAACAGAAGUUUUAAAUGGAAAAUAGAUUGUGGGCUUCAGAAGAAGAAUGUUGUUUCUCUUAACUUUUGCUUUUAUGGUCCGUUCUAGACCAUUGUAGUUACUGGUUCAGAGCUGAUCUGCAAGGAGGAGGAAGGGCUGGUGGUGGACAUGUAGAAGUCAGACACUUCCAGGCAGGAGGGUACAAGUGGAAUGUGACAGUGGCUGUUCGGAUCAUAUUGAUCUUGCCUCUUUUCUUUUUCAUUUUCACUAUUACUUGAAUCAGUUUUGAUUCUGUUUGUUUCCUCGUUAGAAACCUGCCAUUCCAAUUUGCUUCUCUGGCAUGAUAUGAAGGUUUGUCAUUUCCUUAUUCUCCCCCCACCCACCUACAGCUUCCUCUGCAGCAGAUGUUGUAGAGUUAAGGUGGCAUUUGACUUACCUUUGGGCUUGGUGGUCAGUAACUGAUUUGUUAAUGACAUUUCUCUCCUAGGUUAAUUUUUUGUGUUUGUAAGAUGUGGAUAUUGCUUUGCAAAAUAAAAGUUUAUUACUAUCAUUCA